AUAUUAUAUGAGAAAGGUGAAAUGUGGCAAUCAGAGCCAGCACAUGCACACCAAAGAUUGGAAAGUCAGCAACCCAUAACGACAAUGGAUUGAUGACUGCAUGAAAUUCAAUGUUCUUAUGCCUCUUGUCCACGUCCUAUUGGCUGCUAAGUUUCCCUGAAAUAUAGUUUCAUCAGAUUCAGAUUUCUUUGAGUCACUGCCAAAGUCAUAGCCAUGGUGGAAAAGAAAGUAACAACAAUGGUGAUUAAGGUUGAUCUUAAUUGCGAAAAAUGCAACAGGAAAAUCAAGAAAGUACUCUGUAAAAUUCCUCAAAUUCAAAGUCAAAUAUACGAUGAGAAGGCAAAUACAGUUACAGUGACUGUAGUAUGUUGCAGUCCGGAAAAGGUCAAGAAAAAGAUUUGCUGUAAGGGUGGUGAAUCAGUUAAGGGUAUUGAAAUUGUAGUUCCAAAACCACCACCUCCACCCAAAGAACCUGAAAAACCCAAAGAACCAGAGAAGCCAAAGGAGAAACCCAAAGAACCGGAGAAGCCAAAGGAGAAACCUAAGGAGCCAGAGAAGCCAAAGGAGAAACCCAAGGAACCGGAGAAGCCGAAAGAGAAACCAAAAGAACCAGAGAAGCCCAAGGAACCCGAAAAGCCAAAAGAGAAACCAAAAGAACCAGAGAAGCCCAAGGAACCCGAAAAGCCAAAAGAGAAACCAAAAGAACCAGAGAAGCCCAAGGAACCCGAAAAGCCAAAAGAGAAACCAAAAGAACCAGAGAAGCCCAAGGAACCCGAAAAGCCAAAAGAGAAACCAAAAGAACCAGAGAAUGUUACGAGGGUUAUGGAGGACCACCUCCUUGUUAUGGAACACCAGCUCCACCGCCAUGCUACGAGGCUUAUGGACGGCCAGUGUAUGAUAGCUGGGGCGGCGGUGGUUAUUACUACAACGGUUGCCGGAGAGGAUGUUAUGUGGGUCGAUGUGAUUGCUUAAGUGAAGAAAAUCCGUCGGCAUGUACAGUAAUGUAAAAAAAAAGGAACGGUGGUGGGCCCCGCUAUGUUACGAUCUUGAAAUGCUGCGUCAAAUUUUUUGUUGCACAUGGUGAUGGUGGGGUUAUUAAGAAUUAAAGAUUAGUGUUAUUAAUUAAUAAAGGCUGUCUCAGCUAAUGGGCACUUAAUUGUUCAUCUUAUGGCUUAUAAUUAAUCAAAAAGUUGUUAAAUAAAUUUUAAUUAAUAAAAGUUCCUCUUUUUUUAUAAUA